AAACAUUCUCUCUUAUUCUCCUUCCUUAGUUCUUCUUUCUCCAUUUUCUGUCUUUUUUUCUAUUUUUUUCCUUCCUUUUCUUUCACCUUCUAUUUCUUCUCUGAUUCUGCAUUUCGUACAUGCUGUCUUCUACUUCUCUCCUGGUUUGAUUGACGAAGCAAAACAGGAUUUGUCACAACUCUUGUGGCCUCCCAUUUCAGGAGAAUCACUCAUUGGCAUAUAGAGCUUGUUAAAAGAAAAAAAGAAAGAAAAAAAAAAGUGUUUUGAGAUCUGGCAUGUUAUCCUUUUCUCUCUAGCUUUCUUUGUGGGGAGUGUUUGUGUUAGAGUGACUGACAUUCCAGCUCUGCUUCCUUUGUUUUGCGUGGCCAAGAAGCAAAACAACAAUCACGAAAAGAAAAAUAUAUUCCAUUGAAGUCAUUCUUUUAACCCCUUUUGGAUCUACCACUCACACCUUGAGCUUGGCCUAGCUUUGCUUCCCAUUACUCAUCACUCUCUUUUCUUCUUCUCACAUCAAAACGCUUCCAAUGGAUCGUUUUUCUUCCAGUACCGUUAUCCCUGAGGCGUUCCAAGGGGCCAAAGAUGACCUCACCACACAGCUUGCAUUGGUUUGGAAUCAAAUCAAAGCGCCAUUGAUUGUCCCGUUGCUGAGACUGGCAGUGUUUCUGUGCUUGAUCAUGUCGGUGAUGAUGUUCAUUGAGAGGGUCUACAUGGGCGUUGUCAUAACUCUGGUGAAGUUGUUCGGGAGAAAGCCCGAGAAACGUUACAAAUGGGAGCCAAUGAAGGACGACAUAGAGUUGGGAAACUCUUCUUACCCAAUGGUUCUCGUUCAAGUCCCCAUGUACAACGAAAGAGAGGUUUAUCAGCUCUCUAUUGGAGCUGCUUGUGGGCUUUCUUGGCCUUCAGAUAGGAUCAUCAUACAAAUCCUUGAUGACUCCACUGACCCAACAAUCAAGGAGAUGGUGCAGCUUGAAUGUCAAAGAUGGGCAAGCAAAGGGGUGAACAUAAAGUAUGAGGUUAGAGACAACAGGAAUGGGUACAAAGCAGGGGCUCUCAAAGAAGGCAUGAAGCGCAGCUACGUGAAACAAUGUGAUUGUGUUGCAAUCUUUGACGCUGAUUUUCAACCAGAGCCUGAUUUCUUGUGGCGAACCAUCCCAUUCUUAGUGCACAAUCCCGAACUAGCUCUCAUUCAAGCUCGUUGGAAAUUUGUGAAUUCCGAUGAAUGUUUGAUGACCAGAAUGCAAGAGAUGUCAUUGGAUUACCAUUUUACUGUGGAACAAGAAGUGGGGUCUUCCACUUACGCCUUCUUUGGAUUCAACGGGACUGCGGGAGUGUGGAGAAUAUCUGCAUUGAAUGAGGCUGGUGGAUGGAAGGAUAGGACCACAGUGGAAGAUAUGGACUUGGCUGUGCGAGCCAGUCUCAAAGGAUGGAAAUUCUUAUACUUGUCUGAUUUGAAGGUUAAAAAUGAAUUGCCAAGCACUCUCAAGGCCUACCGUUACCAGCAGCACCGUUGGUCUUGUGGUCCAGCCAAUCUUUUUAGAAAAAUGGUCUUGGAGAUCAUAAACAACAAGAAAGUGUCAUCGUGGAAGAAAAUACACGUGAUAUACAGCUUCUUCUUUGUUCGGAAGGUCGUAGCACACAUCAACACCUUUGUGUUCUACUGCAUUGUAUUGCCUGCAACAGUUUUGGUGCCUGAGGUUGUGGUCCCAAAGUGGGGAGCUGUUUAUAUCCCUUCUGUCAUCACUAUUCUAAAUGCAGUUGGAACUCCAAGGUCACUCCAUUUGCUGGUGUUCUGGAUUCUCUUUGAGAAUGUCAUGUCGCUUCACCGAACCAAGGCAACAAUUAUUGGUCUACUAGAGGCUAGUCGAGUGAACGAAUGGGUUGUCACAGAAAAACUUGGUGAUGCUUUGAAGGCUAAAGCAGGAGGCAAAGCACCUAAAAAGCCUCGAUUCAAGAUUGGAGACAGGAUUCAUUUAUUAGAACUUGGAGUCGCAUUCUACCUCUUCUUUUGUGGGUGCUAUGAUGUUAUGUUCGGGAAAAACCACUUCUUCAUCUUUCUCUUUAUCCAAUCUCUUGCCUUCUUCAUUAUGGCAUUUGGAUAUGUUGGCACCAUUGUUCCUCAGUCCUAGGAGGACCUGGCAUUUCUUCUUUCGGCUUCUUCACCUUCCAUGCCUUCAUAUCAAAGUGUAUUAUACUGUUUACAACGUGGUUCUGGCAAAUUACAAGCUUGUUAGUGUAAAAGAAAGGGUGGUCAUUCUUUAAGGUGUUGCAUAAUCAGAGUCAGUGACUCUAAAGAGUUAGUUUUCUUGUGAAUAUACUGCAAAGAUAUAUAAGGAAAUUACGGAAGUUCUUCACAUUAAAAGGGAAGCGUACAGAACAAGAAAGCAGAAAUCAUGUGGCAUUCCUCAGGAGCAAACAUCUUUGAUUGGAUGGAUUGUUUAUAAGAUUUUGUAGUUUUUCUUUCUAUUUUUAACCUUUCUUUACAUUGUAUUUGUUUGAAGAAAUAAACAACUUCAAGAAAUGGGAUAAAAUACAGACUUCCAUUUUGUA